AUGAGCUGCUGCCUUGUUGGCCAAGAACACAGUCUCGCCCCAUUAAAUUUCGCUUACCCAGAGCUUCCCUUGAAUGAACUUCAAGCAGGAUUCCGUGCAGAAGAGGUCAUCAAGAGAGCUCUAGAUGCCAAAAUAUCAACAGCCCCGAAACAAUCCGCUGGCAUCACCAACGACGAUCCCCUUAUUAGCGGCCUCGCCUCCUUCACCUUCAGCGCGAGCGCAGGAGGAUAUGGACAGCUGCUGCGGGUUUGA